AUGGCGAAGGACGCCGCCGCGAAGAAGGUGCCGGGCGGCGGCGGCGUGGAGUCCACCGUCAAGAAGAUCGCGAAGAAGAUCGCGGGGAAAGGGCGAAGAGACGCGGCGAAGAAACCCGUCGCCGCCAAAGCCGCCGCCGCGAUCGACGCGUCGAACAACAUCGUGUCCGACGACCCCGCGCCGAACGACGCCGUGAACGUCGACACGAAGACGAUCGACUUCUACGACAUGUCAGACACCUUGACGCCGUACGUCGAGGCGUGGGAGUGGCAGAAAACGCUCGUGGACGCGCGGUUACGAUCGCUCGACCCGAAGAACGCGGAGCACGAAGUCGCCGAGGCGAAACGCCGAGGCGACCCGCCGCCGAUCUUCCAAGACCGCGACUGCCUCAUCCUCGUCCAGCACCCGCCCGUGGUCACGCUCGGGACGGGUUCCACCUCGGAUAACCUCAAGUUCGACCCGGAGGACGUCAACGCGCCGUUCGCCGUGCACAGGACCGAACGCGGAGGCGAGGCGACGUAUCACGGCCCCGGACAGCUCGUCAUCUACCCGGUCUUCAACCUUCGCGAGCACCAGACGGAUCUGCACUGGUACAUGCGAUCGUUAGAGGAAGUCGCGAUCAAAGCGAUGCGAGAGCUCGGCGUGGAGAACCCCGGGAGGGUCGAGGGGCUCACCGGCGCGUGGGCGAACGUCCCGCCGAGCGGCGCGCAAGAAAAGGAAGCCGCGUCGACGCCGCUCGCGGAGAAGCCGCACAAGGUGGCCGCCAUCGGCGUCCGCGCGCGUCGGUGGGUCACGUACCACGGCAUGGCGUUCAACGUGUGCCCGGAUCUGAACGACUUCACGUCCAUCGUGCCGUGCGGGAUCGGCGAUCGCCCGGUCGGUUCGAUCGCGCAGCUGCUCGCGAAGAGGGAGGGGAUCGUGAGCACGGAGGAGGGGAGUUACGGCGGCGGCGGCGACGGCGGCGGCGAAGUCUUUGAGGACGCGGCGCUGAUGGCGACGUCCAAGAGCGCGCUGCUGAAGGCGUUCGAGAGCGUGUUUAAGGUUGACCUGAACAAGCGCGGCGGGCCGCCGCCGCUGCGCGCGCUCAAGGCGGGGGACAAGAUCAAGUGCGACAGCUGUCGGUACCUCUGCUGAAGAAGAAGGCGCCCGCCGCCGCGGCUCGAUUUUUUGGGGGGUCGGUCCCUCGUCUGUACUGUACGCAACUCUUGCUUGCCCUGGCUAUUACGUGUAUUACAAUCAUAUUCAUCCGUGC